AUGAAUAUGACAUUAGAUAAUUAUAAUUCAACUGAAUUUAUUCAAUCAUCAUCUAUAAUUAAACAAUCAAAUAAUCAUCCUAUAGAUACAAAUAAUAUAGAUAAUGUAUUCAAUAUAACAUCAUGUAUAAUAAUCACAUUUAUGUUUUCAUUAAUUGUUAUAUUUUCAAUAUUUGGUAAUAUAUUAGUUAUGUGGAUUAUAUUAAAUAAUCGUAGAAUGCGUACAAUAACAAAUUGUUUUUUAUUUAAUUUAUCAGCAGCUGAUUUAUUAACAAUAUUUCAAAUUAUACCAAAUGUUUAUUAUGUAUUACAAAAUGAUUGGAUAUUUGGUAUUGCUUAUUGUAAAUUUUCACAAUUUUUUACAUCAUUUAAUAUAGCUAUUAGUGUAUUUACAUUUAUUGCAAUUUCAUCGGAUAGAUAUACUGCAAUCAUGUUUCCUCUUCGUCCACGUUCAAAACUGAAGACAGUUAUUUGUGCAAUUGUAGCUAUUUGGUUAAUUUCGUUUGCAAUUGGAUUGCCUGGAUUAAUUGUAGCUACAGUUUAUCCAAAAAACUUAUCAAACUUACAAAAUAUAGCAAAUAGUACAGAUUUACUUGUUGUUGUGAAACAAAUCUCGGUUAACUCACCUGAUCAAUAUGUUUCGAAUGAUUGUAUUCUUAACUGGUCAUCAGAGUGGUCUGAAGCGUACGAUUAUACACUUUUUGUGUUAAUGUAUGUUCUUCCUCUUAUCAUACUUGCCACAACUUAUAUUCCAAUAUCAAUUCAUUUAUGGUUUCAUAGAGGACUUGGUGAAGUCACUAGGGCACAAGCCCAAAAUGUUCAGUCGAAAAGACGAGCAGUGAAAAUGUUAUGUGCAGUUAUGUUGAUAUUUGCAAUCUGUUGGCUUCCAUAUCAAUUAUUUUUCAUUCUGUUACAAUUAAGUCCAACAAUUAAAAGUAGUCAUAGUUUACCGAUUAUAUUUAUAUGUUGUUAUUGGUUAGCAAUGAGUAAUUCAAUGUACAAUCCAAUUAUAUAUGUUCUAAUGAAUAAAAAGUUUCGUAAAGGAUUUUAUGCAGCAUUUUCAUGUUUUCCGUAUUGUCGUGAAUACAUUAAAAAAGACAAGAAGAUUAGAACGACUGCGACAUCAAUUCGUACAUCACAAGUUUGAAUAUGAAAUAUUCUUAUUGGUUAUUCAGUGGAAUAUUCCAUUUCAUCAUAAUUACAUAUCACGAUGAUGUAAUAAUUGACUAUAUUGGAUUAUAUUUCGAAUAUCUCAAUACAUGUUAUUUUAUGGUGAGAUAUACUAGUGGAUGUACGAUUUCUGUUGUGAAUUACGAGAAUUAAUGAAGAAAGACAAGUUCAUUUUUAAUUAUGCAUAAACUUAGACAAGUUGAACCAUAUUACACAGUUAAAUUAAUUAUAUAAAAUGUGAUUUUACAUGUCUAUUUCUCUCUGUUAUCAAAUAUACGUAUUUGACUUUAA